CUAUCCUUACCAGUUUUCAUAGGCUGUAGGACUUGGCUGCUCCCUCCUCUGUGUGAUAAUUGAAUUGACUUCAUCAGAGCACAAACCUAAGCUGGGGACAGUCCUCACUGGCUUCCAGCCUGUUGACACAGAAAACCUUUCUAGCUUGCCUUGAAUAGCAGCGCUGUCAGACUGUUGUCAGUUUCAGGAUGGAUUCUCUUGUUGCAGCCAACACCAAAUUUUGCUUUGAUCUUUUCCAAGAGAUAAGCAAAGAUGAUCAUCAUAAAAACAUCUUCUUUUGUCCCCUGAGCCUCUCAGCUGCCCUUGGCAUGGUCCGCCUGGGGGCCAGAAGUGGCAGUGCAGAGCAGAUCGACCAGGUCCUACACUUCAAUGAAUUUUCCCAGAAUGAAAGUAAAGAACCUGAUCCCUGUCUGAAAAGCAAAAAACAGGAAGUACUGGCUGACAGCUCUCUGGAAGCGCAGGAAGAAAUAAAGGGGUCUCUGCAGGAGGAGUCUUCCAGUGAUGAGAGUGGACUGCUCAGUUGCUACUUCGGGCACCUUCUCUCCAAGAUAGACAGGAUCAGAGUUGAUUACACCCUAAGUAUUGCCAACAGGCUUUAUGGGGAGCAGGGAUUCCCCAUCUGUCCGGAAUACUUAGACGGUGUGAUUCAAUUUUACCACACGACCAUUGAAAGUAUUGAUUUCCGAAAAGAAACCGAAAAGUCCAGACAACAGAUUAACUUUUGGGUUGAAUCUCAGUCCCAAGGUAAAAUCAAGGAACUUUUUGACAAGGAUGCUAUUGACAGCACAACAGUGCUCGUGCUGGUAAAUGCUGUUUACUUCAAGGCCAAAUGGGAAAAAUAUUUUGACUCUAAAAACACAGUUGAUGCACCUUUCUCUCUAAAUGAGAAUGAAAAGAAGACUGUGAAGAUGAUGCACCAGAAAGGCCUAUUUAGAAUCGGCUUCAUAGAGGAGCUGAAGGCACAGAUCCUCGAAAUGAGGUACACCAAGGGGGCACUCAGCAUGUUCGUCCUGCUGCCUCCUUACUCUGCAGAUAACAUGAAGGGCCUGGAAGAGCUUGAAAAGAACAUCACUCAUGAAAAAAUAGUGGCCUGGAGCAGCUCAGAGAAUAUGUCAGAAGAAACAGUAGCGGUUUCCUUCCCACAGUUCACCCUGGAAGACAGCUACGAUCUCAAUUCUAUUCUACAGGACAUGGGCAUCACGGAUGUCUUUGAGGAAGGGAAAGCUGAUCUUACUGGAAUCUCUCCAAGUCCCAAUUUGUACCUGUCAAAAGUUGUCCAUAAAACCUUUGUGGAAGUGGAUGAAGAUGGCACCCAGGCAGUUGCUGCCAGCGGGGUUGUCGGCAUGGAAAGGUCCUUAUCUUCUGGGGUGACAUUUACUGUUGAUCAUCCCUUCCUCUUUUUCAUCAGACACAACAAAACCAAAACCAUUCUCUUCUAUGGCAGGGUCUGCUCUCCUUGAAAGGAGCACAGUGUCUAGUACCUGGGAGCUGGAAAAAAGUGGUGGUAUGGUCCCCCCUGGCAUAACAUGGGCAUUUGUGUUCUCAUUGAUAUCCAAAGCUGAACAAAUUUUAUCACAGCUCUAUGCCUCCUUCCUCCAGACACUGGCCCGUGCUUGUCCUGAUCCUUCUCUCACUCUGUAGCUGACUUUCAUCUAUGUCCAUUAGUAUCGAAGACUCUGGCUCCUCCUUAACCUUUCACCGCACUGAACACUCAAGCAUAUCAUUUCCCCUCUGUGACCUACAGGUCAAUGUUAUCAAGAAUGUUAAGUUCCCUACCUCCUUAUGAAGGAAUCCUGAAAGUUCAUUAGACCACUUCUAGGAGAGGAUAAACUCAGAAGCCACUUUAACGUGGGCAGCAGGAGGAAAUGUUUAAAUGGAAUGUGUCUUAGAAACUCAGCUCUGUUUCUACUGUAGUUAAAACCAUGGCCCAUUGCUGGGCAAGAUGUCCUGCCUCUUCCUCAUAGAAGAUGCCCCGUAAGGUGUUUCUCCUCUGGGAGAAAGUAAGAGGAUUUAUUACUGAAGAGGAUUUAAGUGAGAAUACAAGGACAGAAGCCUGCCCCGGCCAGCACUCAUUCUGCACUGACAGGAUAUGUUUUGUGAAUCUGACAUUGACCCAGGAGAGCGGCAAUAGAUUUAAAAAUUAGUCUCAGCUUUCCUUAUUGAGUCUUCUAGGCCAUCAUCAUGAAGCACUAUCCUGUGUGUCUCCUUCACCCCCUUCCUCAGAGAAUUCUCCUCAGUAGUUACCCCUAGAUACCCAGCAUGUUAGGUAGGACAGGGGAGUGCUGCCUUCACCUCGGGCUGCUGGUCUACCUGGCCCCCUCUGUCAGGAGUCUGGCCAUGUGGACCUAUUUCCUCCUGGAGGCCUCAUGCCUGGUUACAUUCUGAGAAUAGGCCUGGGUCUGGGCAUGAUGCACAUGGAAACUUCUGUCAGGAAAGCCCUUGGCUUCAUAUCAAGCUCUAGUCUACUGAAAGCCUGAUGCCUGAGUGUUCAAUACUCCAGGACCUGGGACCUUCGUUCUCUGAUAUGUCUGUCUGAAUUCCUGAUUUCUGCCUUAGCUGAAUGCUCUGUAAUGCCUACUAACAAUGCCUAACUCUAGGAUGUUGCCACUCAUUCUGUCAAGGUGAAUUCCUGGUCUUGGUCAUGGUUCUGUUUUCUUGUCCCACCCUAUGAGCAUCAUCCUCCUAGUUGCCACUAUGUUGGUUAAGUGUGGCUGUGGCAGUUUUUGGAGGAGGAGGUACGUUAAGUUCAGCGCUGUCAUGCUGCCUCCCCUCCAGCCCCCUUUUCCUCUACAUUAAUAAUUUCUUUGUGCUGUGAGGGACCAGUUCCAUAUUCCCCAUAUAGACUUCUCAUCGUCAAGGUUGUUUGUGAGUAUAGAAAAAAUUCUCAUUGAUAAUGUAAGGCAGCUUGAGGUGGCUCUUCCAAGUCCUUGCCAAAGAAUGCAUGUCCCAUGGUCAAAUUUAUGUCAGGUAAUCAAAUACAUAGUCUCUUCUCUGUUUCCUUUUGGGGUUGAUGUUUUGAAGAUUCUGUGCCUGGCCUGUCAUCACUGUUGGAUACUGAGCUGGAAAACUAUGACCUAUGUGGCAUUGUCUGGCCUUGCUUAUGUUCUUAUUCUUUUCCUUGAUAAGCACAUCUUCUCAUUUGUAUUGGUGUCUCUCAGAAUUUUAAUCACAAAAGGAAAAAUGUAUCUAUUUACAAAAAUGAGAAUGAGAUUCUUAAGUCUUUCUGUGAAUCAGUGAGCAGACUCUUUACUAAACUUCCAUUGAUUAAAAUGUUUUUUCUUAGUAAAUAAAGCACUUUUGUUGUUAGUUA